AUGCCAGUGGCUAAGGAAGCCCGAAAUCAAGAGGGCUGCAAAAUCAGUGUCAAGCAUGCUAAAAGUCCCCUCACUGAAGCUAGUACUAUGUAUGUUCAAGGGGAGGAUAAGGUGGUAAGGUUGAUAACUUUUUCCUCUCCCCCUACAGAGGCUGCUAUUGAGUCCCCUAAGACACCUGACAGCGAACCUUUGUUUACAAAACUGCGCAAUCCAAGCACAGGGGAAGCAACCCUUUACUUAUUCAAUAGUGGUGCACAGCAGCUGUUUGAAGUAAAAGCUUUUCAUGAGGAAUAUCGUUCCUGGUUUAUCGGUGACACUGUUCAACAAGAUGGGCGCCUGCUGUUUGUUACACCAAUGGACCCCUUGUUUCUGAUACUUUACUACCUCAUAAAGGCAAAUAAGGAGCAACAAGGAAAGUUCCAGCCACUUAGUCAAGUUGUGCUAGACUCAGACUACCCUAGCUGCUCCUUGCUGCUGAAGUGUGCAGAUGUUAACCAGUACAUACAUCAUGUAACAGAAGAAAAAGAGAUUGGCAGUCAGAAAUUCCAUAAAUACAGCCAAGAGAAGACACUAAAGUGGUUAAAAAAAAAGGUCAAUCAAACAGUGAAAGCACUUCAAAGCAACAAUAUAUCUGUAGGUGAAAGGUUGUAUGCAGCUACAUUUGUCAGCUGUAAACAGAACACAGAUAGUGAAGAAGACUAUGUACGGUAUGCCCAUGGGUUAAUAUCAGAAUAUAUUCCAGAAGAUCUGAGUAAGGAGUUGUUAAAAUACUUAGGGCUCCCAGAACUUAAAAGUCCAGCAUCAGAGCCACCAUUGAAGAAAAGGAAAUUAUCAGAUGUCCCUGUGGAAGCAGAAGAAGACUAUACUAAUUUUAACAACAGCAGUGUGAAAGCCAAAAAGGCAAACAGCAAGAUGACUGCAGCACAGAAGGCUCUGGCCAAAGUUGAUAAGAGUGGAAUGAAAUCUAUUUCUUCUUUCUUCAGCUCCAAACCUAAAGCAUCAAAAUAA